GCGCAUGCGCAAUCGAGCAUAUUUGGUUGCUAACUUGUGAGCGUGCCGUAACUCCCGUAAAAAGUUCCGGAUUCCAUUCUGAGAAACGAUAUUAUCACUUCAAAAUUAUGCCUCCAAAGAAGAAAGGAAAGGGGAAAAAGGGCAAGAAGAAAGGGAAGAAGAAGAAUGAUGGAGAGCUGACCAUUGAGGAUAAAUACAAGAAGACAAUGCUUGAGAUAGAUGCCUUGAAAGAUCAUUUAGCGAAUAGGAAGGAGAUUGCUCGUCGCUCCCAGGCCCAGUCAGAAGAAUGGAAGGGACGCAUGAAGGACGCAGAAGGAGACGUGGAGCAGCAAAAAUCGGACCAAAAAGACGUCAUGGCUGACAUGACUCGUCAAUACAAGACAAAACAAACUGAAAUGGAUGCUCAUGUAAGGAGAUUAGAAGUUGAGCUGCAGAAGGUCACAAGUUCAUUAACAAAAACCACAGAAGAACUGAAGGCAACAACGGCAGAGAAAGAAAGGAUAACCAAAGAGAAAAAUGAGACGAUUGGAGAGUUGGAGGAGAAGAUCAAGACAAUGGAAUAUUCCUAUGAAAAUAUGCUGGAGGAAGCUAUGGACAAUAUGGUGGAAAAGCUAAACGAUGCCAAGAUACGCUGGCUGGAUGAAUCCAAGACUAUUCACAUGCAACACAAACAAAAACUAUUAGAGUUUGGUCUGAAUCCAUUAGAUAUAUGAAUGCUUAACAUGUGCCAUUUGUCUUAAAAUACUCUGUAUGUUAAUCAGGGUUCUAGCUAGGAGCAGUUUAGUGCUAAGAAAAACUUGAAGCUGCGAAGCGGACAUUUUACAAUGAAAUAAUUUUGCUUGAGAUCUAUUGUGAAUGUCUUUGGCAAAAUAAGGCAUGCCAGAUUUGCAUUUGUGAAAAAAAUACAAAAAACUAUGCUAGCUCGAAAUGUGAUCAAAUUGGUACAUAUUCAGCAAAUUUUAAUUCUAUUUUACAGAACAUUUGUGCCAGGUGGUGCAUCCAAUUUUAACCAGAGAGCCAAGCGGUAAUUUGCCUUGUCGGCUUGGCAUGGCUAGAACCCUGAUGUUAAUACUAUUAAAGGGGAAUCCAACCCAAAUGAAAACGUGUUUUUAUAAGGAAAAGAAAAAUCAGACAAGUUGAUAGGUGAAAGUUUGAACAAUAUUGGACAAACAACAAGAAAGUUAUGAAUUUUCAAAAGUUGUAAAUAUUGGUAAUCACUAUACCCAUGGACACUUCAAAUUGGCCGCAUAUGGGAUGUCAAUAGUGAUGUAAGGCAAGGACUACUCUUCCAUGUACUCCAAUACAUAUUAUGGCUAAAAUGUCAUUUUUCCCAAAAGUUUUAUUUCAAAUUAUAAUUUUCUUUCAUGAGGACAUAAAACAAUGUACUACCUGGGUUAUAUUUAGAUUACUGCCCCAGGGGAAUUGGUACUUGGGAGAAAACCACAAAACCCUGAUAAUAAAGUACAUGGCCUAUGGGAAAGUUGUCCUUGCCCCUUGUCAUAAUUUACUUACCCAGUUGCCAAUUUGAAAUCUACAUAGUAUUAGUGAUCUCAAUUUUAAAGCAGCUAUAACUUUCUUAUUGCUUGUCCGAUUUCUUUCAACCUUUCACCAUUCUGUUUAAUUUAUCUUUCUCCUUCCCAACACAACAUGUUAUGGCCAAGGCUGGAUUCCCCUUUAACAUAAACAAAUGUCAAGUAGUAUUACCAAGAUUGUUUGUGCAUAGCUUUGUCACAACCUUUACACCAUUACAUCCAAAAUCUCCUUCCCCAUCCCUCAACAAAAAAUACAUGACACUGCUUAUUUUGUGGAAAAGGGAUUUUCCAAGGUUUUCUUUGUCUUAUAUUGCAAUUUUCACAGCAAAAUGUGAGAAUUCUCGGUGGUGGGGAGGGGGUUAAUUUAGUACCCCUUUUCGGUCCUCAAACACACUGUACAAGUGUCGUGUUGUGGCACAAAUUGUAUUUCAGGGAGAAUCGACAUGUGUAUUAUGUGGAUAUAAUAGACCACAAGGCACAAGUAUAUGCCUUGUGUCAACAGUGCACAAAUAUUUUUUUACAGACGAGACCUUUUACUAGUUAACCUAAUCAUGAAAACAAAUUAAUGAUUGAUGGAUGAUAAAAGAAUGUGGAUGUCAGAGAUGAAAUAUUGGUGUUAAUACAGAGAUAGGAUAAUUUCCAGUUAACUGUUUUAAGAUGAUUUUUAAUAGCAGGGUAUUGACUUACUAGGAUGAAACAAACGAUAAAAGAAAAAUAAGGACAAUAUGAAUGUACCACACCAGGGGCCAUUUCAUAAAGCUGUUUGUAAGAUAAGAGCAACUUUAACCCUAUCUAGGCCGGGGUAUUUUGGGAGUUCAUAUGGCCGGGGGGGGGGGGGGGGGCUCCCAGGCCCCCCCUAGAGAUCUCGGCCGUCGACCGCGCCGAAAAUUGGCACGCGGGUUGCCUAGGACAUAAUCUACACAAUUGUAUUGUAAUUUAUUUCAUGCGAAUCGCUAUUAAGUGAUUAUGGUAAUUUACGCGUAAUUUGUAUGCGAAAUCAUACUUUUUCCUCUAACUCCCUAAGUAAAGCUCCAAAUGUUCUAACUUUUGGUAUAGAAACUAUUUGUGGUGUUCCUAGCAAGUGUACAUGAACAAAAUUGCAAUAUCAAAUCAUUUUCUUAUUAUAUUGUUUUUUGCAAAUUCUUAUGUAUUUCAUUGUUUUUUUACCUUUUGUUUUUCAUUGUUUUUUUCAAUGAGAUUUGUUGGGGACUCUUCUGAGAUCAUAAAAAGCAUAAAAUAAAUACAUUUAGACCAGCAAAACUAAAAAUAAUCAUACAUUUAUGAUUUUUGGUUGAAAAUGAAAACACAAUUUGCAUUGACUUUGUACACAAAAUCACGUUUUAGAGCAAUUUUUGGUCUGACAUGCACUAACAUAAUGUUGCGUAAUUUCGGAACCACGUACCCGGGUGAAGCAAAAUUGGUCUCAAAAGUUGCGCAAGACUUGAAAGUAAAAAGUCAGUGAGCGGCGCGGUCAAAAAAUUUCGCGCGGCGAAAAUAUUGCGCGAAUUGUUGAGGGGGCCUAGAUAGGGUUAAGAGGUGAUCCUUUUUUGUGGUAAAUGAUCAUUCACCAUUAAAUUUUCAUUGGUGAUUAUUUAGCACGUAAGUAAGGAUCACCAGUCAUUCGUAACGUCGCUCUUAACUUAAGAACAGCUUUAUAUAACACCCACCAGGCCAAGUGUCAUCAAAUUAUAUUAAAAUUGUAGAAAAAAAGUGUUCCAGCAGGGCAUGGAAUAUUGAAUUAUCAAGCAUACUGGGAUCAGUGCAUAGUGGAAUGGCGGAAUCAAUGUACAGGGUAAAUUGUUACUAUGCAAAUUAUAGUGAACUAGGUCAAAGAAAUGAAUCAAGAACUUGAUAAUAUUUUUCAUAUAUAUUUUAUAUAAAUUCAUAUACAUUUGAUAAAGAGACAUUAUUUUUCUGUUUGCCAUUAAAUCAUGUUUUUGAUUAUUGAUGAAAUCUAUUUUGGAACAAAUGAAAUGAUGAUAUGCAAAUUGUAUGUGGUAUUAUAAUACACCUUGAACUAAUUACUGUGAUAUCUCUUCCAUAAUGCAUUUUUAGGUAUUUUUAUUUUCUCAGGUUUAGAUUAUAUUACAAAGGGUGAAUUUAAUGAAGUAUUAAGUGAUGCAGAUGCUUGGGGUUUUCUCAUAACACAACCCAGAUUAAAGGAGAAUCUGGGUUCACACUUUUCUGGAAUACAUAUUUCAUCUUGAGCAUUUGUUAUAAAGAUAAUGAAGCAAAGAAUUCAUUGAUAGAAAUUAAUACUUUUUUUUAAAUCAACGUUGUAGUCCAAUUUUAAAAAGCAGAAUCGAAACAAUUUGGUACUUGAAUGAAUUUAGUUGGGAAGUUGACUUUGACUAUUAACACAUUAACAUGUGAUCCGAUUUCACUGCUACAACUAUACUCUCCCCACCCACCCAUGACGAAAAGGGCAUAUAUUUUUUCUGAUAUUUUCUUCUUCUAAAUGGAACUGCAUAGGGACUUUGUCAUUCAUAUCAUGUGCAGAAAAAAAGGAAUCAGGAGAGUUUCUUUGUUUCAUAAUCUGCAUGUUAAAAGGACACACCAUCAAUAUCUCAACAAAAGCGGCCGACCAUGACAAAUUCUUUCAAAUCUCAAAACGUCAAAAUAUUGUGGGCGGGGGUUGUAUUUUUCAUAACCAUCUAGGGUUCAUCUGCAUUCGUACAUAUUUCAUUGCUCCUUAUGCAGCCAUUGUAAUUUAUAUUGUAGAUCAAUGAUAUGUAAAAUUGACUUGUAUUUAUGUAGAUUGUAUAUAUUUAUAUUAAAAUGGAAAAAAAAUGAAA